CAGAGAAUGCGGAAAGGUUGUUCUCAUCCCAAGUCUCUCGGUGAGUCUCUAGAGUGGUAUUCAGAAUCGUACUUGAGGAUAGGUUGAAUUGAAAUCGGAGAUUGGAGAAGUAUCUGCAGUAUAUGAAUGAAUGAUGAAGGGUCUUCAUGUACUUCAUAUACUCCUCCAUUGAUUCGAUUGGGGUUAGAUGUGCUUCAAUUGUCUCCAUCGAUGCAGAUUACCACAAUCGAUCAUUGUUACUAGUUUGGUUUUUGGGAUUUCCAAACCAGAUUUAUGCUGUUUGACAUUUUCAAUUUUGUUUCCUUUCGUGUAGCUAAUAAUCGUUGGUUGAUGUCUUUAGUGAUGAUGCAUUGACCCAGCUUCUACAGAUCAUACGACGAGGAAAAGAGGCGAUAUAUAUAUGCGCUCACAUAUACUUGAAAAAAUGGUCUCUUGCACAGGUACUACGCAAUGAAUGAAUAUGCCUUGUAGAAGCAUAAUGCUGUUUCCAUGAAUAUGUCAGCACAGGUCCGUCUAGUUUUGCUUUACAACUUAUCAUGGAGUUUCCUUUUAUGUGCUACUUGCUUGCUUCCAGAGAGUCAUCCUGUCUUGUCAAGAACGAGAUAUCUCGCUAUAACUGGACUAUUGUUCUGGAAUCACCUUACGAGUGUCAAAUUUAUUGACAAAUUAGAGUUUUGAUUUGCGUUGAGGCUAAGCAUAUGUUUGAGUUGAUGAUUAGGAAGGACUGUCUCCCAAUCGUAGUUUAACUUAUAGUACCUUUAUACAUGUAUUUUGUAAGGCUAAGAGAGUAGACCAAGGUAUGGAACUCUUCCGCUAGAUGUCUCAAAGAGGAGGAUUGGUUGGCGACAUAUAUAGUCACUUACAAGUUACAAUACCCUUAUCCAAGGGUUUUCUCAAGUGGGCAAUUCUGUUAUGGCUCAAGAAACUUUUUUUCAGGAUUAUUUUGAUGGGCAUCAGCUCAACUCAUCAAAGAAACGAGGAGUUGCAGGUUUGCUGGAGAUGCUUCAACCUUUGGCGCGGUCACUAAUAUGUUGCAUGAUCAGAGAUUGGACUCGAUAUGCGAUGUCUUUGAGCUGAAUCAGAUUUUUAUUUUACUUUUCUACUCAUUACUUCUUCUCGGUUCAGUCCUUAUGCUCUCAUGUUAACUAUGGGCAAUAGAUAUGUUUAUAUUCGGAUGUCUUGUGUGACUGAUACUUAUUUCUCUGUUUGGGUGCAAACUAGAGUUGAUCCAAACCUUCAAGAAGAUUUCUCAUGUUUUGGGAGUCUCCAACUUCGUUAUUUCGAGCCAUUAAGCUUCCCCAUUGGAGCUGCUAAUGACAAGACGAGGUGUUAUGUGUACAUGAAAGGCUCAAAGGACAAUCCAUGGAGUUUAAAUUGCUCUGUUAUACUUCAGAGAAUAGCUAAUGGAAAAGACUCUUCUCGUAUUACUAAAGUAUUAUGCAGGUGUUCCCAUGGCUCAAACGAUUGUACAUAUGAGCAAUUCGUUGAAGGACUUAAGAUUUCAAGUACUGGAACUGGACAGUACUUGUAUGUUUGUGCAGCCGCAAGCUCAGCAGAUGAUCCACGGCGAGAUCUCCUUGUUCAGCUACCAAAAACUCUAGAAGAAUUUUUGAAUUCGUGAACAAUGCAAUGCAGCCAUAGUUAACGUCACUGGGUAUGAAGAUUAUAGAAGAUGAAUACGAGCUGUCUUGUCAGAUAGAAGUGAUGAAUGAACAUCAAAUAAUUCUUAUGAUAUUUCAUGUUCUUAACUUCUCU